AUGGAUACCAGCAGUGUGUCGCAGCCGGGGUGCAGCUGUGACUCCCAUCUAGGUAUCAGCUUCAAACGGAAGCCGUGUACUGUUUUUGGAGACUUGAUCGGUCCUUAUCCGGACGAGGUCAUUAUGACAGUUUUAGAUCGUAUACUCUACCUUGCGGGUGCCACCAAGAUCAUAAGAGCCAUUGCCACGGAGCACUUCAUACAACCUUUAAAGGCUGAAAAUGAAAGUCGCAAGGUGCCGCCCAAGGCGUGUGGCACACCAGUGCCGUCAUGUCCAUCGAACAGCUGCACCUCAACCUACAGCAUUUUACCAAAAACCUCCUCAACCAGGACUUGCUGUAGUAGCCGCCGAGAGGAGUCUGUCCGUACUUGUCAGAGUCCAUGCAUCAAAUCUUCCUCCAAAAUUGGCGCCGCUGCCUGUUCUCCACGGCAACGCGCUGCCCGGGUGGACUUUGCUAAUCCUGUGGAUGGGGAUAAACGAAAAAUCGCCGGCGGCGUCAAUAUGAAGGAUAGGUUGAAACGGUCCAUUUCUAUUUGCUCCAUCGCCUGUCAGCAGUUAAAACACAAGCUGACUUCUCAAGAUUCGCCGCCACACAAAAAACAAAAGUGGCUAUGGACCCGAUUGAUUCGCUCCAAGGACGGUUGCAAGGUAUACGAGGUAUUUAAGAAUUCCAAUGUAGAUCAAGCACCCUCCAGUAUCGGCUCAAAUGCCCCAGUCAUUAUAUUCCUGGUCAUGCAAAAUGGUUAUAUAAUGCCCUUCGAAUCGGUUUCAUUUUAAUGAAGCGCAUAAAUUGAAAAAUUACUCCUAUAGUAGUUUUAUACUCUUAUAGUAGUUGCCUAGAUCCUGGUCAAUGUAUUGUGCUGAGUUUUAUACACAAAAAAGGAACAUUUUUAUAUAAUGGACUUUACCUCUUGGUGUCUAAAUUCGUACCUUAUGUAAUCGACAUAUAGAUAUUCGUUAAUAUAGUAAAAAUAUUUUAAUAAAAUAUAUAACAAAUAUUAAAUUUAAA